AUGACAAUAUCUACUUUCGAUCACGUUUUCGGGCGACUUAGACGGAUUGCGCGUCAUCUCGCCUUCCCAAAUUUUCUCCUUCUGCAGCUCGAAUCCAAAACAUCUAUCUAUAGUACGGACUAGAGGAGAAAGAUGUUUAACUCGGUAAAUCUGGGCAACUUCUGCUCCCAGACGCGUAAAGACCGGACAUCCGAGUUUGGCGACAGGACGGGCUGUACUUCUAAUAUCUACCUCCCUAGCUGCACCUAUUAUGUCCCCGAAUUUUCCGCCGUCUCCUCGUUCCUUCCACAGGCCCCUUCGCGACAAAUUACCUAUCCCUAUUCCACAAAUCUUUCUCAAGUGCAACCGGUACGAGAGGUUUCCUACGGACUGGAUCCUUCGAGCAAAUGGCAUCAUAGAAGCAACUAUGCAUCCUGCUACUCAGGAGAGGAUCUGGUGCACAGGGACUGUCUUCCGCCAUCCACCAUGACAGAAAUACUCAUGAAAAACGAGAGUGUGUACAGCCACCACCACCAUCCCAACUCCAAUCACCCCUCCACCGGCUUCUACUCCGGCGUAGGAAAAAAUAACGUGCUCCCUCAAGGUUUCGACCGCUUUUUCGAGACAGCGUAUUGCGGGGCGGACAAUCAGCCAGACCAUUGUUUACAAAAGAGCGUGGCGAGUAAGCUGGAAACUGCAUCCCAGCAGCCUAACGCUGUUUCAAGCGAACAGGAGCAGGAAAAGGACCCAGAGGAUGAGGAAGAACAUACAAAUUCGGGCUCAUGUACCUCGUCCGCCACUAAGGACGGCAACGCCAACAAGAACAGCCACUCGAGUACUCCUCGCACAAGGAAGAAGAGGUGUCCAUACUCCAAAUUUCAGAUACGUGAACUGGAGCGGGAGUUUUUCUUUAAUGUUUACAUCAACAAGGAGAAACGGCUGCAGCUAUCCAGAAUGCUAAACCUUACCGAUAGACAAGUCAAAAUCUGGUUCCAGAAUCGUAGGAUGAAAGAAAAGAAAUUAAGCAGAGAUCGUUUGCAAUAUUUCUCUGGAAACCCUUUAUUAUAA